CGGUGGAGAGUAGCGAUACCCAACAAACCUGACACAUGCACAGGCCUACCUGACCCAGUUAAAGGAACACACUGCACAUUUUCCUGUAAGGAAGGUGAAUUCCUGGACAUGAAGACUCAGGAGUGUCAGAAGUGUGCGGCGGGAACCUACUCUCUGGGUACAGGAGUGGCCUUUGACGAGUGGGACAGUCUGCCUUCUGGCUUCAUUAGCCACGGGAUCAGCAUGGACAUAGGAAACAUGUACUCUAACUGCAGCAAUUCAACUUGGACACCUAAGGGAGACUACAUAGCCUCAAACACAGAUGAAUGUAGCUCCACACUGUUGUAUGCUGUGAACCUAAAGCAACCUGGCUCUGUCACCUUUAAGUACCUCUAUCCUGAUUACAACAUCUUCUUUGAAUUCUAUGUUCAGAAUGAUCAGUGCCAGUCUAGUGACUCCCAUAGUCGCUGGAUGAAGAUCUCUGAGAGUGACUGGACCUCUCACUAUGUGGAACUGAAUCGUGGAAACAACAUUCUGUACUGGAGAACCACUGGAUUCUCUCUGUCUGGUAACACUGUUAAACCAGUGCUGCUGAAGUAUAUUGCUAUUGCAGGGGUCGCAUACACAUCUGAAUGUUUCCAUUGUAAACCCGGCACAUACAGUGCUGAAUCUGGGGCAGCCCACUGUGCUCCUUGUGCAGUGAACACAUACUCCAAUAAAGGGGCCACUGCUUGUCAGCAAUGUGACCAAGAUAAAUAUUCAGGGAUUGGGUCUGGAACGUGUAAGCAGAGGCAACCCUGCACAAUCAGCGAUUACUUUUACACCCACACUCCAUGUGACUCAAACGGCCAGACACAGCUGAUGUAUAAAUGGAUUGAGCCGAAGAUCUGCGAUGAGGAUGCAGAGGGAGCAGUGAACCUUCCAGCAUCAGAAGAGUUGAAUACAUGUCCUCCAUGUAAUCCUGGAUUCUUCUCCAUGAACUUUUCAACUUGUGAACCCUGUCCACAUGGCUCCUACUCCAAUGGAACAGUAUGUUCAGAGUGUCCUGCUGGAACAGAACCAGUGGUGGGCUUUGAGUAUAAAUGGUGGAACAAGAUGCCUGGCAACAUGAAGAGUUCAGUCUACAGCCGAGAGUAUAGUGACACACAGAGGAGCACAGGAUGGGAGGUAGCAGGAGAGUACAUUUACACCACACCUGGAGAUCUGGACUCAGACUACAUGAUGCUAACACUCACCGUAGCUGGUUAUAGUUUGCCAUAUUCUUUAGAUAAAAAUGAUGAGACAGCUGAACUCUCUAGAAUCACAUUUGUGUUCGAGACCAAGUGCACAGCUGACUGCGCUUUUUAUUUCAUGGCAGGUCAGAAUGAGAGAAGCAAUCUUGUGGUAGAGACCUGGAGAGCUACAACUGGGAAGCAGUCCUACUCUUACCUGAUUAAGAGUAACCUAACAACCAGCUUUACAUGGGGCUUUCAGCGCACUGAGACUGACUCUGUGGAAAAACAGUUCAGCUCAGACUUUGCUAAGAUCUACUCUGUUUACAUUGUUAAUGUAAAAGACGGAGUGGCUUCGCACUGUCGUCAGUGUGCGCUAGACUCCUCCAAGACAGACUCAGCCUGUGUUCCAUGUUCUCCUGGCUUCUACAUGCUAAACGGCACUGGAGAAUGCAAGAGCUGUCCGUCAAACACCUUCAUCAAGCCUGAACAGCCUCUGGGAGAGGAGGCCUGCAUCCCCUGUGGACCCAACACAAAGAGCAACAAAGCACGCUCUGCCUGUGUGAGUGACUGUACUCUGGCUCUGCAGUAUAAAGGAGAGAAGCUGCAGUACAAUUUCUCUACUUUGGCUAAAGUCACUUACUUCCAGAGCAGCCCUCGCUUCACCAACAAAGGCCUCCGCUUCAUGCAUCAGUUCAGUGUGGCGCUGUGUGGCACAGAGAAUUAUACUCUAGCUUCUUGCAUUGACAACGUAACAGACAGCAGAAAGGAGCUCAACGGUUAUGUCUGCCAGUCAGUCAUAGUGCCUUCAGAUAUCAGAGGACAAAGUGUGGUGUCCUCUCAACCCUUUAGUACUGGAAACACAUUAAUUGGGGUAACCACUGACUCCACACUGGAUCAGAUCUCAUCUAAGAAUCAUUUCCCUGAAAAAUCUGAUUUGCCUGAUGUCAUAUUCUACUACCGAGCAAGUGAAACAACACAAGCGUGUAAAGCUGGACGAUCAACCACAAUCAGACUCAGAUGUGAUCCAUCAGUGACAGAGCUGGAUCAGAUUUUCUUUCCAAGUAACUGUACAGAGGGAACCUGUGACGGCUGCUCAUUUCACUUUCUGUGGCGGUCACAGCAUGCCUGUCCUCUCUGUUCUGAGAGGAACUAUAAGGAGAUAGUAAGCGCCUGUAUUAAUGGGAUCCAGAGGACUACCUACGUGUGGCAGCAGCCUCUGCGGUGUACAGGUGGAGUGCCUCUGCCAGCCUCUCAGAUCAGUGUCUGUGUAACUUUGGACUUCUGGCUCAAGUUUGGUGUUUCUAUUGGAUCAGUGGCAGCCAUCCUGCUAAUCACUGUUAGCUGCUACUUCUGGAAACGGACCCGCAAGUUAGAGUAUAAGUACUCGAAGCUAAUGAGUGCAGAUUUAAAGGAGUGCGAGCUUCCUGCGGCUGACAGCUGUGCUAUUAUGGAGGGAGAAGACGCCGAGGAUGAUCUCAUCUACCUCACCAAGAAAUCCUUUUUCACCAAAAUUAAAUCCUUCUCCAGAGAGAGAACAUCAGAUGGCUUCGACUCUGUUCCUCUGAAGUCAUCUGCAGGCAUGGAGAUGGAGAUGAACUAAACCUUCAACCAGGACCAAGACAUUAUAUUAUGUCAUUGUGGUAGAAAUAGGAAAUGAGCUGAGCUACUCCAGGAUAAACCAUGUUUUACAGGAAAACUACACCAUAAUAAUUUUGCAAAGAAGUAAAUGACCUAUUUUUGUUGAAGAAGAACAGUCAUACACUGAUCAGCCAUAACAUUAAAACUAUCUCCUUGUUUCUACACUCGCUGUUCAUUUUAUCAGCUCCAUUUACCA